AUGUCAUUUUCCAAGUUCGAUCCAGAGAUGAUGCUCCUGGAAGUCUGCUCGGCCCAUACUAGUGAUCAAACCAAGUUGGAGUGCAUACAGACCCUCAAGAGCCACAUCAAGCGGGAAAUAAUAGACUUGAACCAAGUGGAAACGUUUCUCAAGGUAAUCUUGAGCGGCUUUGCCAUCACCAACUUGGGGAUUCUGACGUUGAGCUUCAAUUCCUUGUCGUACAUCAUCAAACGGAUCGGCUCGCAGGAUAAAUCAGGAAAUAUCUUGCGCGCCAACAGUGGCGUUAUCCUCCCGCUUUUGUUUGGCAAGUUUGCAACCGCAAGCAGUUUGGCAGCACGGAGGUCACUUGAGGAUUAUUGGCUAAGCGCACCAGAAUGUGUCGAAAAGGAGUUGAUGCAUGUGUUAUUUUCGAAUGCAAAUGCUAACGCAGACGUGCAAGUGACUAUUGAGUCUAUACGGUGGAUAUGCCAGGUUUUGAAAACAGUAAGCUCAUUCAACGCCAUGCAAUUUGUGCCGGGCAUAUUCCAAGUGGUUGCAAACAACCCACAGAAUGAAAUGUUGAUAAGCGUUGUAAAAGAGUUGUUGCAUGUAUUGACCUCCAGCGAGCAAGACGUGACCCCGAAAUUAAUAAGGGAAGAACUCGACAAAAGCAAGAUUGGCACCGACAUUGCUGAUGCACUACUGCGUUCCAUGAUGUCGCAAAAGACAGACGAACCUCCCAAAAGACACAACCAACGGUCUAACCCCAGCAGCAACAAUAGCAGCAAAGUUGAGCUCCCCUUGGUGUCGAAAUGCGAUGGCGCCGCCUAUGCAUUCGACGAACAGCUAGCUGCUUUGUUGGCAAAAGCAAAUUACGAUGUCCCCGAGGGAUUGGAGCCGAUGCCGGUCAAUUCGACGGCGGACAUUCAUGCGGUUUUUGAAAACAACGACGCAUGCUUCCAGGGAAAGGAAACCGAGUCGAAUUGGAAGCAACGAGAAAAGAAAAUCGUUGAAAUCAGAAUGCUUUUGCGUGGUAAUGCUGCAAGGGACUAUUUGGCAACAACUGUCAGCUGUUUCCGAACUUUCGCCACCAACAUUUGCAAAGGUGCCAAUUCUUUGCGGACUACCUUGGGCACGCAUAGUUGCCACUUGAUCAAGGAAUGCGCCAUUAUAUUGGGAGAAGAGUGCGAACUUGUCGCUGAAGCUAUCAUGCCGUCGUUGAUGAAGUUGUGCCUCUCCACAAAGAGCAUGACAUCGACAAAUGCAAACAUGGCCAUGGCGUCGUUAUAUGCAAACUUGCCGUAUAACACGAGGCUCAUUCAACGGAUAACGUUGGCGAUGGAAGAGCGAAAUUACCAACCACGGUUAUACUCGGUGAUGUGGUUGCAGAUUCUAUUGUUGCGGAAUGCCAUAGACCCGACUGUUCUCGGAACCCAUAUUGCCAAUGUUGUUGACAUCACAAACAAAGUGCUUAUCAAAUCGUUAAAGGACGCCAACCCCAAUGUGCGACAAAGGGCCAAGGAUUGCUAUUGGUGCUACUCAAAAGUGUUUACCGAGGAAUCCGAUAAACUACUAAAGCGCUUAGAUCCCGUUACUGUGAAGGCCUUGGAGCGAUCACAGAAAGAGCUUGGAUUACCGGUGACUAUCCCCAAAACACUUACCACUAAACCGCCUCGCUUAUCAUUGAAAGAGCAAAUCAAGGAAAAAAAUAAAGAAUUGACCCUCAGCAGACCUUCGUCUCGAGCAGGAUCGCGUGACGUUCCGCCGCAAAGAGUAUCAUCUCACACAUUGCCCAAGCCGCAAAGAACCAAUUCCAAGUUGGAAACUACUUUGCUGAGAAAUGAUUCGGGCAACAGGCCCACUUUAAGGGCCACGAGUUGGGCACCGCACAACUUUAACGAUGUCGAAAUUAGCAAACCAAGAGCGCGAAGCAAGACAGAGAGCUUUACUAGACCUCUAUUGGGGGAUCAUCCGCCGCCGCCUGAUCGAAGCGCUAGUAUUGCAUCAGACAAAUCAGAACCAUCAUCAUCAGUUCCCAAGACGAACCUCUUUUCUGAGCAGCGCGAUCCUAUAAUUAGCUUUUUGUCAUCUAGGAACCCAGUCGACAUUAAAGAGGGUGUCAGCUUGUUGAAGUUUGCCAUACUUGGGAAUGAAGAUUUUUCACAAUCUCAUGCUGUCAAGGGCAGACUCAAGUACAUUUCAGAGAAGGAUGUGAGUUUGCUUGAACCUUUGUUCCACUCCGGCGACAAAGGUUUGAAGAAGUUAUCGGAAUUAUUUUCAAUCAGCGAUUUUGUCAGAGUAUGUGCCUUGAUAUUCCGAGGAUCAGACGAGCGCAUUUUGGACUUGAUGAUAUCUUUUGUCAAGUUUCCUCAGUUUUUCCUGGAAAAUUUGCAGUUGCUUUCGACUGUUAACGACUCGCCCGAUGUGGUUGGGAGCCAUAACUUGAAGCUUCAGAUUUCAAAAUAUCAGUUUGAAAUAGCCAAACUGGUGUUGGAGUCGUUUCUGAUUUCCUUGACCAAAUACCCAGUGACGGAUGUGCAAUUUGGAGAUUUGUUGAGUGAGCUUGUACGACUGGUGAGCCAGCUCCAGGGCAAUGACGGGUACGACAUGUUGAAGCAAGUUCUUUGCCAACUAUACACCGUGAACAGCCCACGCUUUGUCCUGUUGAUCAAGGACAUUGAAGUUCCAUUGAAGGAGGAGAUCGAGCUGAUUGUAGGCGUUGACAACACCAUUGUUCCGCAAAAACCAUUGGACCAAUCUGUGUUUGAGUUUACUGAAAUUAACCGUGAGAGGUUGCAAAAACCAAACAGAUUGGGAUUAGAGUUUGAAGGCAAGUACCAACAUCAAAAUCAACACCAACAUCAAAAUCAACAUCAACACCAAAAUCGCUUCUGCUUAGAGGAGCCUCCAAAUGAGACUCCUCAAUUGGCUUUUCCUGGAAAUCGUCUUUUCAAGUUGGCGAAAGCCAAAAAUACAGGAAAUGGCAACGAGGGUCACAGUCACAGUUAUAGCCACAAUCACGAUCACAGUCACAGUCACGAUCACACUCGCAGUCAAAACCACAUUGAAACCGUGGCUGCAGAGUCCAACUCGUCGUCUGACUCGCCCGUGGUGGAAUUUGCCCAGUUGCAUAUAGUCCCCAAUGCUAACAAGCAGGCCGAUAUCCAUUCGCUUAAAACCUUGAUAGAAAAAACCGACCCUUUUAUCCCGCUUUCGAACAAAAUGAACAAAAUCAACAUCUACGAGGAUGACCCCUUCCCCAAAGUGCCAAGAAACGAAAAGAUUUGGGAAAAUCUUGAGUACGCCAAAAUGACUCGUACCUUUGAAGACUUGAAGCUUUCUUCACCCAGCAUUAAACAGUUUGAGAACGACUGUAGCGAAAUAGCCAGCAAAUUCAGCCUUAGUAGAGACUAUGCCGCCAUGCUCAGAAUAACGGACAUCUUGGAGGCCUUGUCUAGCAAAAACUAUGAGUUUAGAGAAUACUUCUUACUCAAGGGCAAGUACAAAUUAUCCACCAGCUUGCUGUCAUUUUUCGAAGGCCACGACUUGUCCCGCUUGGAUGAAGAAUAUCUUAUGAAUGGGUUAUACCUCUACAAGCAACUACUUCGAUUCGACGAAAGCAUCGACGUGAGACAGCUUUGGGCCCUAUUCUGCCAAUGCUGCCACCAAGUCAAGCUCGAUGAUCAGAUCCACUUGGCGUGGAAUGAGAUAAUCUUGAGCAUAAACCACACGCACACAAAGUCAUCUUUCGCGAGAAUAGCGUUGGAGUAUUUGGAGAAUGAAAAAUCGUUAUCGAUGAGCGUGCUGAACAUCUGCUUGAAUUUCCUCACCAAGAUCCUAAUCGAGGAUCCCGACAUCAACGAGGAAAAAAUAUUUCGCUUAGAUAAGAUCUUGGGCAAGUUGUUCACCAAAAAGGAUGUCGCUUACAGGAAAUCGGCUACUAUUUGCUAUAGCAGUUUAUUGCGCAACGACUCGUUAACGUUGGAGCUGAGGCAGAUGUUGAAUAAGAUGAAGGGGAGAUAUUCCAUAUCCCAACAGAGGCUAAUUGAGUUUUAUAGUCAGAAAUAA